AUGGCCCAUACCAUGGUCCAUCUGACCUCGAGCGUUUGUCGAAAGUACCAUCCUUCUGAGCUCGCAGAUACGGCCCAGUUCGGACAAGUUCGGCCGGUGUCGAUGUACCGCCCCAUCCACCAAUCAACCGUUUGUAAGCAUGGACUGUCAAAGGACUCCCCUAGGAUCUACGUGAUGGCCCUGGGCGGAUGGAUGCGCUCUAAGACAACUUGGGAAGGUGAGCCAAUUCAUGGGUCGGAAGGUCUUGGUCGCGGCCACCGUUUCACUGCCCUUCGUGACGAAAGCAUCCUGUCGAUCCCGUAUCUGCGUCCGACCGGGCGAUCAUGGCGUUUUGCAAUGGCCGCCUGGGGAAGGUAA